AGUGACGAAAGGCUAGACGCCAUGGACCUGACAAUAGCUGCAACAAAGCAGCCUACACUUUCUCCUUCCCUCUUAGCUUUAACAAAAAGCGGAACGCUUCAAUACCAGCAGCAAAUCCCAUUUCAGCUUCACAUCCUCCCUGAACAACCCACCCUUGAACAAACCAGGCAAAUCCAUGCUCUUAUGGUCAAAACCCACUUCAACCAAACCAAGUUUAGCCCUUCUGCACAAUUAAAUUUCCUUAUUACAUCUUACACUAAAAACAGCCAACCCCACAAUGCACUUGACAUCUAUGCUUAUUUGAGAAGAACGGACUAUGAAGUUGAUAACUUUAUGGUACCUGCUGUCCUGAAAGCUUGCAGUAUUGUUUCAAUGACCCAGUUGGGUAAAGAAAUACAUGGUUUUGCAGUGAAGAAUGGAUUGAUUCAAGAUGUUUUUGUAAGUAAUGCUUUGAUACAAAUGUAUAGUGAAUGUGAGAGUGUGGUGUCAGCCAGGUUAUUAUUUGAUAAUAUGGAUGUAAGAGAUGUUGUUUCUUGGAGUACAAUGAUUAGAAGCUAUGUUAGAGGUAAAUUCCAUGGGGAAGCAUUGGGGAUUAUCAGAAAGAUGCAAAUUUCACAAAUAAGACCUAGUGAGGUUGCCAUGAUUAGUAUGAUUAAUUUAUUUUCAGAGCUCAAGGACAUUGAACUGGGAAAAGCAAUGCAUGCUUAUGUUACAAGGAAUCUUGAGAAAAUGAGUGUUCAUUUAACUACUGCUUUCAUUGAUAUGUAUGCCAAAAGUGGAUAUUUAGGUUCUGCAAGACUGCUUUUCAAUGGAUUGAACCAGAAAAGUAUUGUUUCAUGGACUGCUAUGAUAGCUGGAUAUAUUCAUUGCAAUAAAUUAGAAGAGGGAGUGAAUCUUUUUGCUAGAAUGUUUAAAGAAAGGAUAAAACCAAAUGAGAUUACUUUGCUGAGCUUAGUUGUAGAAUGUGGCUUUGUGGAGGUUUUAGAACUGGGAAAACAACUACAUGCUUAUAUUUUGAGAAAUAGGAUUAGUGUGUCUUUGGCUCUUGCUACUGCUUUGGUUGAUAUGUACGGGAAAUGUGGGGAGAUAAGGAAAGCUAAGGCAGUUUUUGACACGGUUAAGAAUGGAGAUGUUAUCUUCUGGAGUGCUAUGAUUGCAGCUUAUGCACAAGCUCAUUGCAUUGAUCAGGCUUUCGAUCUUUUUGUCAAGAUGAAGGACAGUGGAGUGAGACCUAACCAAGUAACAAUGGCUACCAUCCUUUUACUCUGUGCAGAAGUUGGAGCCCUUGAUAUGGGCAAAUGGGUUCAUACUUUCAUAGACAGGCAAGUUGUUGAAACGGAUAAGAUAUUAAAAACCGCACUAUUGGAAAUGUAUGCCAAAUGUGGAGACAUUGAUGGGGCUUGGAGACUGUUUAGGGAAUUUAAAGAUCAAGAUAUUGUCAUGUGGAAUACAAUGAUGGCAGGAUUUGGAAUGCACGGUUGUGGUAAGGAGGCUUUGGGGCUAUUCUCCGAAAUGGAAAGAGUGGGUGCUAAACCUAAUGAUAUCACAUUUAUUGGUCUUCUUCAUGCUUGUAGCCAUGCAGGAUUGGUGGAAGAAGGAAAGCUAAUGUUUGAGAAAAUGGUUAAUGAAAUUGGCUUGGUUCCAAAGAUUGAACACUACGGUUGUAUGGUGGAUCUUCUUGGUCGAGCAGGACUGCUUGAUGAGGCCUAUGAGAUUAUCAAAAGCAUGCCAAUAAGGGCAAACACCAUCAUAUGGAGUGCUCUUCUUGCUGCAUGCAAGAUUCACAAGAAUACCGUAUUAGGGGAAAUGGCGGCAAGGCAACUUGUUUACCUGGAACCUCAAAACUGUGGUUACAAUGUUUCAAUGUCAAAUAUAUAUGCAGUGGCAAAUAGGUGGAAUGAUGUUGCAAGGGUGCGAAAAGCAAUGAAGAAAAAGGGAAUGAAGAAGGAACCAGGGCUCAGCUCUAUCGAAGUAAAUGGAUAUGUUCAUGAGUUCAUAACGGGAGAUAAGUCACACCCACAAAUUGGAAAGAUAAAUGAUAUGGUAUCUGAGAUGGGAAAAAAGUUGGAGGAGGCAGGGUACAUGGCAGACACCUCUGCUGUCCUACAAAAUAUAGAUGAGGAAGAGAAAGAAACUGCCUUCAACUAUCACAGUGAAAAAUUGGCAAUGGCUUUUGGCCUCAUUAGUUCAGCUCCAGGUACCCCAAUUCGGAUUGUGAAAAAUCUCCGAGUUUGUAACGAUUGUCACGCUGCAACUAAGCUGCUGUCUAAAAUCUAUCAGAGGGUAAUAAUAGUACGCGAUCGGAAGCGCUUUCACCACUUCAGAGAAGGAACCUGUUCCUGUGGAGAUUACUGGUAGAAACCAGUUGACUGUGCUUGAUCCAAGAAUAUAGUGAAAAUGUGUACAGUUUAAGAAAAAAAGAGAACAAAUAUCCAUAUCCACAUCUAUAUGAAUUUUAUCCUUUAAAAAUGUUUGACACCUAAAACAUAUUACAUUCAGAUUAAGCGAAGAUCAAUCAACAAUUUCAAUUUGUUUUCUGGGUAAGAGUUAAGAUCGGUAAUGCUUCUGCUAUGGACAACACGAAAGAAAGCGCGUUAACCAAGUCACUGCUGACGAUGACGA